UUGACGAACUACGCUAUUAAGGAGAACUGCUACCCCAGUGAUGCCACAUAUGAUUCGAUGAUGCGAUCAUAGUGGUGAUUCCAAAAUCAGCUGCAGAAUUUUAUGCCGUGACUCUUCACUUGGAGCCAAAAAGGCGACGUCGGUCGUCCUGAAAAGAAAACGGACCUGGAGGUAUACUGACUGUGAUCAAAACAAUGAGAUCGAAUUCUUAAGAUAAAUCUUUCGAUUUUCUCAGCCCCAUGGUGAGUAUUUUUAUUGUCAUUCAAAACAAGACAACAGCUCGUGGAAAACGCCACUAAUUUGUGAUCUCAGGCGGUAGAAGAGUUCAUCUGAAAGCGAAAUGUGCUACGACAGAAGAUCUAAUAUAAAUCGAAAUCGCUAACCUCACUCAGCCAUUUGCUGAGUCGUAUAACGUAAGACGAACAUGGCGUCAAACCUUCUUUGGUUCCUGUUAAGCACAAUGUUCAUUCUCGCGAGAUCUAGGACACUAUGUCCGAGGAUUUUUUUUCAAAAUUUGAACGAAGCAGAUAUGCCGUACAAGUUCAUUGAAGGUAUCUUCGUUAAGGAGAACUACAACCACAACAAUUUCCCUGUAUAUCGGCGAGAAAACGAAAGCCUGUUAUUUUACCGGCACUUUUACGAUGAUGGGAGCAAUUAUUUGUCUUUUGGAGCCAGAGUUGGAGAUCAUUCUGGUGUGGCGGCCGAACUUCAUGGAGAUCCUUUAUCGUGGCUGACUUCCGGGGUCUUAGAUAAAGGGGACGUUUUCAGCGGACUUAUUUACAAGUGGCUACAUUACGACGUGAGAAGAAAGUACUGGGUCUCAACUACCUUUUCGUCUCUAGAGAUCACAACCGUUUGCGUGGAUGAAGAUUUUAGAGAAUGCAAUUCAGACAGACUUUACUUGAACAAGACCUUCUAUGACGGAAAAGGGAACAUUUUGAUCGAUAGGACAAAACAUUAUUUCUAUCGGAUGCAAGGUCUUUUUCGGAAUCUGCGUCCUGUGUACAAACACACAGCUCAGGCGAUGUAUUUGCAGUAUGUCGAUAGUCACUGGGUGGUGACUGGAUCGUAUUCUCCGAGUGGUUCUAACGAUCGGGCUUACUUUAGAGUGAAGGAUUUGGCGCUAAGACCUGAGUACGUUACCAGUACUUGGAGUGUGCAUUACGUGAAUGGAUGGCAUGAUGAACCCAGCCUCAGGUUACUAUGCAGGGGCGUGACUGCGAUGUCAAACACUUGUCGAUCAAAGCCUUGCGAUAGCAAAGCCACCUGCGCUUACACAUCCGGGAACGAAACCCUUUGUCUCUGUACAUCCGGGCAUACGGGUUUGAGAUGUUCCUUGAAGAAGCAGUGCCCUACUCCACAUCCCAAAUUGGACACAGAACUCAGUUUCGAUUUCUUGGUGAAUCGACCAGGAGACCUUGGUGUAUCAUUCUGCCGUGAAUCCUAUCCGUAUUUCAGGUAUUACGUAUGUGUGGACACCAGUUACAGUACUUUAUGGAGUGGACAAGGCUUGGCGUGUGAUAAAAACUACAAUUUGUUUGCGACUGGUGAAUUCCCUUUAACUCAAGCUACACCUCAAUUAACACCAACCAAAUUUGACCACAACAAAAAUUUUAGCUUGUGGUUCGCUCCCAUAACAGUGUUUUUAGCCGGUCCGGCAAUUGUCUUCUAUUUUUACUUUCGCUGCAAGGUACUGUGUAGGAAAGUAGACGGAGAUGGGAAUGAGACUGGCGGAAGAUCAUUGAAGGCUAUGUGGAGAUUCUAUUCAGCUUCCCUGUUUUUCUCAUUUUAUUUUUGUCUCAUUUUCUUGGCUGGAUGUGAAAUGACUAACUGCGCCUCACACAGUACACUCUUUUACGAUUGGAGAAUCAUGGCGAUGGUGAUGCUUGGUGUCUCUGCUGUGUUUGUAUCUAUAGAGGGCUACUAUUGCGAUGAACUGAAGUACCUAAAUAACAUCAUAGAGGAUGAGACAGCUUGGGGGUACUUGGAGAGAAUGCGGACAAUCCCGCCCAAGAUCAACAUGAGCGUGGAAUGUUACAAUUUGGUGCCAGUACCUGGAAUUGCGUAUUAUCUUGAUUUCAUGUAUGUAGAGACUACCUUGGAGAGAGGUUUGACAUUUGUGGACCACGACCAGUUUGCGUACGAUUGGUGGGUUGAUGUUUCCAAGAGAGAGAUGCCGAUCCUGAAAAACAGAGUUGUCCUUGUUUGUUUCGAGAUUGAUUCAAGCAUCGUUUUCGGCGACCAGGAAACUGUAGAUGACCUUAAGAGACAAGAGACAGAAAUGGUUGACAGAAAUCAGCAUCGGGCUGAUUACACUGAUUACUCCUGGAGUGAAGAAAUUCCCGAUCUGGAGAAACAUGUAUCUGCUUUCGUGGACUUAAAUGUGAGACCAUUUUGGAUGAGUCCCCUGUUCUUCUGGAUCGCCACGUUACUUCAGAUGUCGUGGCCUUAUCGAUGGAUUCUCAGAGCUAAGACAGCUAAGAUCCAUUACACUCUGAUGAAGGAGAUAUACGCGGGUUCGACACUGCAAAGGGAGGAAGAUUCCAUGAAUUUAGUAGCAGCUCUGACGGGCACAGGAUCGUUUGGCCUGAGUGAGGACGAUCGAGAGAGCACAGGCUACCCAAUGUUGGAGAUGAACGACCUGGGCACAGGUAACCGUACUGAUGAAAAUGAUGCCUCAUCCCCAGAUUUUAUUAAAAAAAUCGGACAUGGUGGUCGCUUUCAAAUAGUCAGCGAACCCCAGAAUCCACUGCCGACAGAUGUUCCUCAGUCUUCCGAGGUAGACACCGACCAAGCCCUAGACAACGGAACAAUAUAUCCUGAGUGUUCAUCGACUCCUCUCCCUGCCGAAGCCCCCCCCCGCCCCCCUAAGUGCAGGUUUUAGCACCAGCUCUUGUAGCGUGAGAUCUGCACCAGUAGUGUAGCCUUGGUAUACGACGAGUCAUGAGCCUUGCGUAUUUCAGCUAGUGCAGAUCUAUAUACCACCAGUAACUGCAGAACUUUUUUUUCUCUUAAACUACUCUGCGUUUUUCAUGGCAAUUUUCCUUAUCACAGAGCGAUUUCGUCAUAUGUAUAAUUAAUUGAGAAAUUUGAUGUAAUUUAUUUUUAAGAAACAGGGCCCCUAUGGAUACCAGCCUUGAGCUGAAUGGGCUACCCUGUGUAAAUAAAGUUUCACUUACUUACUGAUGAAAAUAGUAGUUGCGUGACAAUGUCUGCGUGACUUUGCGCGUGUCCAAAAGGUUUCUUCAAAAUUAACAAACUUUCAUUACCUUUUUUUCUAAUUCUGACCUCGAAAAGAAUUGUCAUUCAGUUGCUUAUAAUCCUCAAAAGGAGUUGGUCAAACUUUUCAAAACAAAUUAUUGCUCUUUCAUCAGGGAAAGGGAAAAUAUUAAUCAAUAGCACCUUCUAAGAAUUAAUUAGAAUUAAAUCAGAUGAAUCACUCUUGAAGUUACAUCUUUAUCGGGAAGACAAACAAGCUUUAUUAGAGAACGCAGCAACAACUCAACUUUUGAUAUAUAUACAUUUAUCAAAUCCUAACCAGUCAUUUCCAUAGAACUUUGAGAAGUGUUUUUAAAACAAAUUCUGACAAAAUUAAUUUUUUUAGACUUCCUUGCAUGUUUGGUAAUCAAAAUACAUAAACAAAAGUAACUUCAAAAUACUGGAAAUGUCUUAGGAGCCAGGUGAACUCUCAGUACCACGGUUGUUACUACAGUAAAAAUUGACCAUGACAGAGAGGACUGAUUUAAUGUGUAAAGUUAUAUGCAGCAGUAAAGAUUUUUUAGACACAAAGCUCUUAGGAACAUUAAAAUUAUACAGAAAUCACUGAUUUUUCUUUAUUUCAAAAUGUGACAUAAGUUACAAUAAAAUCCUAGAAAGUUAAAACUA